AUUUUUCAGAAUUAUGUUUUUGCCAAUUUUCUUAGCUUCAAUCGGAGCAGCUUUAUGUUGUGAUGUCAAAAAUUGUGCUUAUAUGGUAUCUAAAUGUAUUUUCCUUGGUGCUUGUAAUUGCACAAUAGAACUGGAGGAUUGCAGUUGUUGCGACGAGUGCAAAACAUGCUUGGGCAGAAGUUUAUUUACGCAGUGCGCUUGCCAAUGCCUUGGCAAAAAUUGUUUGGGUUCAGAUGCAAUGUCCGAAAACACUGUUCACCUUUUGGAUAUGCCUAUACCAUCUUUGUUUGAUGCACUAACUGAAACAAAGGGGCUGUAUCCAUGGAUGCCCCAAAGUGUUCCACAGUUUUCGGCAAUGACGAGGAAAUAUCCAAAUGGUAUUUUCUCUGAAAAACCGCAGAGUAAAUGUCCAAGUGUCUUUUUUGAUUCGUGUAUGCCAAUGUACAAAUGCUCGUCUUCCUGUUCUUCAAUGGGGUCGAGUGUCAUGCGUUGGUUUCACAAUGGAUGCUGCAAUUGUUUUGGAGGUGAAAGGUGUGACGACUUGGGCUCUGUUGUGCCUCAAUGCCGCAAUUGUGUUUCAUAACUCAUUGUUUAUCUUUGAAAACUGUGAUUUUUGUUUUUGAAACUGUUUGUCUGAGGACAAAAUGUUAAUUUUGUAAAUAUUUUGGACAGUCUGCUGUGAAAAAUCUCUUAAGAUAUUUCAU